CUCCCGCCUGAGUGCGGCCACCACAGAGCGGGACAGCACCAGAAUGAGCCUCCACCGCCUUAAUGCCGGACUAACAGAAUUAACCCAACUAACUUGCAGCCCUCCCCCCUCCCAAGUGAUUUUAAUGAGAGAAUUAGCCCGUUAAUUAAUCCCCAGCACUAUAAAAGCGCUCCGAGCAGCGCUAGUUAAAGGAAGGGCUGCGAUCCUGAAAGAAGCCUCUGUAGGAGCUAAAGGCAAGUAGUGCUCGUCUUAUUGCCUAGGGACUCCUGGUUCCUCCAGCCCUGCGCCAUGCCGUCCUCGCAGCAGCACAGCACCCUGACCAUUAAGGACCUGCUGGACAAUGGAUUUGUGGCUGGGGCCUCUGGACAUACCCACUUCUCUCCUGUGUACAGCUACUACCUGGACUCCAGUAGUGCCCCAAAGCAGAGUACCUGGGAGCUGCUGGCAGAUGUGGACACCACGAGGGGCAGCCCUGUGUGUAUGGUGGCACAGCCCAUGGGCAGUGGAGUGAGGGCUGGCCUGGGCUCCUCGGACCUCAGCUUCCUCUCCUUCUGCAGGAGCCCUUCCAGCCCUGCCAUCCUCAACCUGUCAGCUGUGCCCUGUGAGCUGCCUGCAGGGCCCGGCUCCUUGCUGGAUGUAACAUCAAGGAACACCUCCACACCGUGCAAAGCUGGGAAGCGCCUCAAAGAGAGAGCGCUGUCCCAUAGCACGGAGCUGCUGAGUGACCUGCUGUCCCCUGGGAAGCCCCCAGCAUCCAGGUGGGAGAUCUCAGACAUCAAGCCCCCUCUGGAUGCCAGCCUGCCCCUCGAUGUGAGCUUGCUGGGGUGCUCCAAGCUGGACACGUCGCUGCUGGGCACCCCUGUGGUGCUCCCUUUAUGCUGGCCCAGGAGGGACGUGGCUCUGCUCCCUGAGGCCCAGCUGGGUGAUAUGGAGCCUGGCUCUCAGGCCCCGUGAUGACUCUCAGCGCUGACUGUGGUGUCUCCGAUCACCUCCAUGCCAAAGAACAGAGUGCUCUCAGCUUUGUGGCCGUGCUGCUGUUGGGUAACACGGUGAAAUCUUUCUCUUCAGCGGGAGGUGACUGCGGUGAGAAGCUGAUGGCAGAGCCCUUACGAGCUGCAACCCACAGCCUCCAGCCCAGCUCCCCGCUCCUAUAUCCUACUGCUGUCUUUUGUAUUAAGGUAAUAAAGCUUUAAACUUUC